AUGGCACAAGUAGCGCAGAUGGGCAAAGGACAGCCAGAAGCGAGUGAUGAUAAGCCUGAGGUAGACGGAGGGGAGUUGAAGAAAAAAUCGAAGCAUGGCGGACCGAGGAAACGGGUGUCGCAGGCAUGCGACAAGUGUAGAAGUCGAAAGGACAAAUGCGACGGGAAGAAGCCGGCAUGCUCAACAUGUAUCUCCAACGGCCGCGAAUGUUCGUAUGACGCGAAUGUUAAGAAGAGAGGUCUGCCUGAAGGGUAUGUAAGAGGGCUAGAAAAGCUUUGGGGCCUGGCUAUACGUGACGUUGAAGAGGUGGAGGAUGGUAUUCUGUCGGCUUUGGCUGGCGACGAAGAGAGUACUGAAAGUCCAUUAAGUAUCUGGACCGAUGAGACCAACUCUGAGGCAUUGGUGGAAAUAUGGAGGAAGUCAACCAUCUCACGGGAGCUUGAGAGACUUCUUUCCUCACAAGAGCCUAUGGAAACGAAGAGAAAACGACUCAACUCUGACGGGCAAGGUACUAAAAUGAAUGGAAAGAAUGCUUCACUGCAGCCAUCAAAGUCUAGGUCGCAGAACGUUGCAAACCAGGAACCGGAUUACUCUUAUAGUGGCUGGUCUGAUCGGGUGCCUGAUGUUAUGACACAGCCAGAUUUUCAAACACCACCAAAUAUGUCAGCUAUUGAUCCGACGUUCCUACCUAAAGAAUACGAAUCUAUCCUCAGUCCCUAUCAAGGUAAUGCUGCACCUUCGAACGGGACUCCAGCUGCAAUUCCCGAUGUACUCCCAGAACUGCCGUCUGAAACUUGGCAUCUUCUUGAUGUAUACUUCUCGUAUACUCAUUCAUGGCUUCCGAUUAUCGAAAAGCAUGACCUUCUGAAGACCUCGUAUCAGUAUUCGCAAAACCGUGGUGAAAGCAAUUUAGCAGGAGCUGGUGACAACGCUGUACUCUGGGCUGCAAUUGCAUACGCCAAAUUUCAGCAUAGAGCGAUCAACAAUAUCCCGCGAGCACUAGGUGCUGUGGGAGAAAUGGUCUGGACCGCAGAAAGGAUGUACGCUCAAGCAAGGUCCUUGAUACCGAAUGAGGAAGGAAUUUUGCAACUUGGUCAUGUACAAGCCUUGCUGAUUCUCACUCUCGCAAACCUGGGUAUGGGCCACUUCAGUCGUGCAUGGUCUUUAAUUGGUCAAGCUGUGAGAGCUGCUAUUGACAUGCAACUCGACCAACCUUCGGAAGUCGACUCAAGAGCCAAGUCUCGAUUUAAACAUGUUUUCUUAGGUUGUUUCGCCUUAGAGACUCUCAUCGCGGCUCGCCUGAAACGUCGGCCCCACCUCAGAGCCGAAGACGCGGAUCUUGCUGGACUUCUGGACGAGGACGGCUUGGAAGAGUGGGACCCAUGGACCGACUGCCUUACAGUUCGCAAGAGGAGUUCCGGGAAUUCGCGAAUGCCAGCAUCGAUAUUGAGUACAUUCAACCGGCUCGUCCAAGUUCUCAAGAUUUUGAACGACGCGUGCUGUUGUUCCAGCGCGUCCAACACGCUUCAAUUUAGUACAGUGCUUCUACAAAAGCUGCACAUCUGGAGCCAAUCUCAGUCAUCACCUUUGUAUUUCGACUCAACAGCCAAGGGCAGUGAACAAGCUCUGUCUUUACUUCCACACCAGUACCACUUACAUAAUGUAUACUUCACCACACUGGCCACAUCACAAUUGCUUUCCAACCACAAUGGCCAAGAAACAGUCAACUUGGAGCCUUGCACUAGAUCGGCUCGCCAAACCGUCGAUCUCAUGAAUCAACAUUCUAAUACUUUUGGUCUCCUCAUUGUUCCACCCACGUACGAGUAUUUUGUCAAGUCAGCUUACGAUAUCGUCCAUGCGGUACAUAGCAGCAUUGAGAGCACUCACAUUGUGCUCAAUGACUGGAAACGGAGCCUGGAUAAUUGUCUAGAUAUUAUGGAGCCAGCAUGGCCCGUUUUUGAAGCUUUCAAAUCAUCAACAGCAUACCAAUCGACGGUACGAGCUACAAGAAGCCACAGUCAGGCGGCUUAUGAUCUCAUCAUGGAUCAUGAUUCAGAUACUCCCAUGUCAGGGAAGACGCCUCAAAGUCUAGCAAGCUAUGACGCAUUUGAUCCUUUCAGCCCUCAGAACUCUCGAGCACCGGCUGAAGCGUUGAGACCUAGAGGGGUAAGCCAGUUACGAUCCAACAGACCUUCUUUUGGGCAGUCGUCUGGCCAUGGAUUGCCUCAAAAUCCACGCAACAUUUACGAAGAUGUGCAUGCAACAAUCGGGUCAGCAAAGCGGCAUCCAUCGAACAAGCAAAACAAUCGACAUACCCCUCUUAAGCCACCCCAGAUCAUGGCCCCACAAACUUCAUUCAACAUCAGCCAGCCGACCAAUCCUCAACUGCAUAGAUCCUUAACAAUGAGCUCUGCGGAUGUUGAAUUCGAUCCUGUGUUCAAUGAGUUGAUGCGGCUUGAUGCAACGGAAUGGGCAGGCAACUGGGAUCAGAGUCUUAUGAACCUCGGCUUCACCGACUCAGACAACAUGAACCAAGACUUUUACGCAUUUUGUCAAGAACCAGAUCCCUUGCACCAAAAUACCGUCUUCCAGCAAUUAGUUGCGAGCUCCAAUGCAGAGACGAACGAUUUCUUCGAUGGGUCUGGGUUCGGUGGAACGAUUGGGCUGGUGCCAGGAGGAUUUGCAGGUCCUGGAGCUGGCAUAGCAGACGAGAACGAGGGAAUAGAAGCUGGGCAAAUAUUGCAGGCUUUGAGUGCUGCGGAGGAUCAGAGGGGUAAUGGAUGA